UGUCUUGACAGCAGGAGUGGACGCCAGCGAGGUCUUCUGAUCGUCGCCUGACUGGAAAAGAGAGAGAUUGAGGAGCUGUGUUUCUGCCGCUGCGGCGCAUGUGUGUGUGUCGCGUGUUCAGGCCUGUCUGUUGCGAUCAAUGCCAGUGGAAGGUGUUGGGCCUGUGCCUCACGAAGAGGAUCUGUGGCUGACUGAGCCACAAUUGAAUGAGGAUGCUAUUCAAGCGACUUCCAUGGCCGACUUCGGCGUGGGGUACCUCUCGGAGGCGGCUCCCCCUUCGGAGAAACCCAACUCAAGGCCGGGCAAGGUCCUGGGUCCUUACGUGCGCCUCAUGGUCCCCGUGGUGUGUCGGAAGUCGCCGCCACUCAAUGUCCCACGUAACGGCAGCUCCGCAGAGCGCUCAACGUGGUGUUCCUGGUCCACACGGGGACAGCGUUCAGCUACCUCAGCGAGAAGACGAUGAGGGCGCUCGGCGCGGGAACGUUCCCUGACGGCACCAUGCUGCGGGGCAUGUGGGUGCGCAUUGCAAAAGGUGCCGAUGUGCAUUGUAGCUCGCACGGACACUUCGCGGGCGUCAAGGUGCUGAGGAUGACGGCGCUGCAGCAGCUGGGCUGGUCACCGGUCAUCAACUGGGCGGAGCGGUCGUUUGUGCUGACCGCUCGUUGACGUGAUGGAUGGUGCGUGCUGACGAAGCGAGGACGGCAGGCAAUGACACAGCUAGCCACACAAACGGUCGGCGUCAUGUUGCAGCCGCCUGCCUGCCUGCCUGCCAAGAUCCGAUGGGCG